AUGGUUUGAUUUGCAAAGGCGAAGAUGGGACUCCCAGGAUGAAAAAGGAGGGGGUGUGGCAACUAGGUUGUGGAUCGUGUUUGUGGAAUGAUAUGCAGGUCUGUUUUAAGUUAUGUUAUGAUGCUGGGGAGGGUACCGGACAAGGAAGUACAGUGUACAGCAUGUAUGAUACUCGAAGACUUUCAAGUUUCAAUUGGUCAGCAAUGCAUGAAGAGAAAGGACGCACGGCCAAAAGGACCUUUUUCAGCCCAGCAGUAUAGUGCAGAAGUUGGGCUCAUGGAAUGAUGAUGGCACGGCCAAACAUUGUAACAAGAAUUAUAUAUGGCACUGCGUUUGGAAGUCUGAUUGGAAGAGAAGUGUAUGCAACUGCCAUGCCAGUGAAGAGCUGAUUGGAAGGGCUGGGUGGAUUUUCCACUGCUAACGUGAAGAGCUUGAUGAGUGACUGGGGUUGGAACUCCUGGUUAAAGGAAGAGCUGGGAGUCGAUGGCGGGCCAUGAACGAGCCUGGCACUACAAUGCGCCGGUUCAUGGUCCGCGAGGAAAUGUGGAGGCGCCGUUGCAGGGAUAUGGUGCACAGCCUGGGGGGGGAGCACCAGGUCCAUCACAGCAGUAUGGUGGGAUGCCUGGUAUGGCUCCCAUGGGAAGUACGCCGCAAGGGUACGGCAGCAUGCCUGUGGGGCACAUGGCGUCACAGGGGAUGUAUGGGGGUGGAGUUCCAGGGCCAUAUGGAGGGCCGGGGGCAUCACCAGCAUAUGGUGGAAUGCAGGGGCCAUCGCGGCCAUAUCCAGGAGCCCCAGGGUCGGUGCCACAAUAUGGCGCAAUGCCGGGGGCGCCAUCAUAUGGUGGAAUGCCUGGGUCUUCUCAACCAUAUGCGGGGAUGCCAGGCUCGUCACCCCCGUAUGGAGGUGGGGUGCCAGGCCGAUCACCACCUUAUGGUGCAGUGCCGGGAACAUCGGGACAAUAUGGUGCAGCACCAGGUACAAUGCCAGGCGCAUCGGCACAAUAUGGUGCGGCGCCUGGUAUGUCUCAACCGUAUGGGCCAAUGCCAGGGGCACCACCACAAUAUGGUGGAAUGGGAGCGCCGCCGCCACACUAUGGAGUUCCAGGGGCACCGUCGCAAUAUGGACCGCAAUACCCUGGAGGGCCAGGGGUCCCGGGGCAAUAUGGUGGGGUGCCACAAUAUGGAGGAGGGAUGAUGCCCAUGUCAGGCCCGCCGGGAGCAUAUGGUGGGAUGCCCGUUGGGCCUCAAUCAGGGUCGGGGCCAGCGAUGUAUAGUGGGCUUCCAGGUAUGCCAAUGCCUAUGCCUGGGGCCUCGCCAUAUGGUGGAGCACCUGGGAUGGGCUUCCAUGGCCCUGGAAUGGACCCCAGGAUGGCUGGAGCAGGUUCAUAUCUGCCACCUGAUUUCCAGAGACCCAUGUCAGUUGCGGUUGACCGGCAGCUAAGCCGCCUAAACAGUAUUCCUCGAUCUCCGAGCACAUCAGAGUUGCUUCGCAAAGGGGUGCCAGCGGUCAUGGCGAUCGACCUUCUGGAUGUUCCUGCCUGCGAGCCCUCAACGUUUCCAGAGGUGUUGACGGAUCCACAACCCGAGAGGCCCGUGGUGGAGCUGGAGGAAAUUGCUGUGCCACCCGGUGAUCAUGGUUUUGUUGAAGAUUACCGAGCUUCAAAGGCGUUUGGUGCUACUGCUAUCUCUUUCGUGGAGCCGUCCAUUGAUCCUUCGGAGAUCAAAAGAGUGGCGGAGCAUCUCCCUGAAGGAGAUACUGCUCCCGGAGUAACUGCACCAAGCUCCGCGAAGGAAUUUGCACCGAUGUUAGAAGUUCCGUCAAUAAAAGAGUAUCAUUCCCCACCUGAUGAUUCUGGACUAGAACUCAGUUUUGCUGAUGUGUCUGACAUCCCAAGCGCUGGCUCGCCAUCGAGAAACAUAUUGGAGCCAGAGCUUGUCGCGCAGCUGUUUGCUGCAAUGCCAGCCCCAGUUUCUGUACCACAGCUUGAUUCGGUCGUUCAGCCCAAGUCGUCGUUCUUUGCCGUGGGAUCUUCCGUAGAAGACUCCUUCAGCAAUCUUAUGGGUGCUCAUAUACCCGAAGAGGACCUUGUCCCUGCUCUUCUAAGUCAUAGGCAGUCUGAUCAACCUGAGCCUUUUGCUGAGGCCAGACCCGAAAGGGUACUGGAUAUCCCGAUGGUCGAUGACAGGGCUUCCCAAACUGAGGUGGGUCUCUCUGAGUCAAUUGAGCUCCUCCCUUUUUCACUCAAAGAAUCUUCAGUGUGUGAAGAUCAACCUUUUGUGGCACAUUACCCUGCCGAAGGCGAAGAUGUUGCCUUGGAUUCCAGUCGCGGGGAUGCCGUUGAGGUAGCAGGGUAUGUCAUAACUGAGCCUUCGAUUGAGCCGGAAAUGGGUGGCAGUAUUGUUGAGGAUGUCGGAAGUGGGGAGGAGCAAGUUACCCCCAGGGAGUUGCGCGAUGCGCAGCGAACCCAUGCACUGGAGGGUGCAACUCAGGCAGAACGGAAGGAUCUCGCAACCUCUGUGUCUGAAGCGGACAGCACUGUGGAUGACAAAGCCCUUGUAGAGGAACCAGAGGUACUUUCUGAAAUGCCUCGGGCUCCCCCUGUUCCUUCCAGGGAUUCUGUCCUGCAUAGAGAGCCUGAGAGUCAACUUGGUGAGAUGGCCUCUGCAGAGCCAAGCAUGGAACAGUUGUUUCAGCAUACACAGGGGGCCACAGCCUUACCAAGUGACUUAGUGGAGGUGUCAGUGGCACCAACGUUGACCGUCUCCGACGUCCAACAUGAUCCGGGGCCAGUGUCGCCAUCUGCAGGCCCAGAACACACCAAAGCUUGGAGUAUGGAAGCAUUUCUAGCAGCGCCACGAAAUAGUACUGACGAGCAGGGCAUUCAAGGGGAAGAGGUGAAAGACAACAUCAUGGGGAGGUGGUUAGAAGUGAACGAUGUACUGAAACUUGACACGAUUAGGGGACUGGGUACAGAAUCGGUUGUGGUAAGACCGGACAAGAUGGCUGAAGGGUUGUCUGGGCCAACGUACGGUGACCAAGCGAAUGUUCUGCUAAAGCCUCCAAUCUUUACCCGGAAAGACUCUGAACACAUAACUAUGCCAUCUGUAAUUGAUGAGGCAUUUGAGCCUUCUGUUGUGGGUGAAAUGGUUGACUUGCACCUUCCUGAAGCUGGGGAUUCACUGUCCUUGCUAAGCCUUGCAGACAGCUCAAGGAUGUUGGUCGAGCCUGGUGGCGAGGCCUCACCACGAUCAGAUUCCAUUGGGAUGGUGGAAAUUGAGGAAAUGCCGUCUGAAGGUGCGGAAAGGACAUUUGUCGAGUCGGAUAUGGUUGCAGGUCAUAUUCUGAAAGAAGCCGUUGUGCUUGAACAAUUGCAAGGUGCUGAGGAGGGACCACUAGAGGAGGGACCACUAGAGCCAUGUGUUGAGGGUCUGGAGAGUUCUGCAGCCAUAAAAAAUGAACCUGCAGCAGAAGCGGUCCAUGAUCCGCAACAGUCUGCUGCAUUGCCACCUCUGUCGGGCUUGGACGGUGGAUCUGUGGUUGAAGGACCAGUGAAGAUUUCUCAGGGAGGGGAAUUCGAACCAGCUUCGGUAACAAAGCCUGAGCUAGCUGUUUCUUGCAAGAUGGUGGACGGCAACGUAUUGCCUUCCCCGUCAAUUGCAGGCUUUGAUAUUUCCGUCGCUAUUGAUGGAAAGGCCUAUCAGGACACGCAGUCUGCAGUUGAUCCCACUCCUUCAGCUGGGGGUGCCGCGGGACGAAGCUCUGCCAUAACCUCUGAAGUUGGGCAUGAUCUUAGAUCUGAGACAUUAUGCGUUGCACCAGUACAGCCAGCGCAAGAGCCGAAACUUGAAGUUGUAGAAGUCAAAUGUGCUCAGGAGGAGGCGUCUUAUCCACACCUGAGCUCAGGCUAUACACCUGAAGGUGUAACAUCCCUGUCAUCGACGUCAUCGGGCAUGGACACUGCUGCGCCGGACGAUGAGAGGAUUUCAGUGCUUGCUUUGGAGUUGGUCAGGGACACAUUUGAGCAUGGGAGAAGCACAGAAAGUGCAGACAAAGCAGAGUACGAACCUGUUGGGCAGCUGUCAGAAGAACGACAGGAGCUAGACAUUUCUCAUCCGCCUGAGAUGGAGGAGAGUGUCAUUCAACUUCCAACAGGGGAAUCUUCAGGGCUGGACAACGAUGCAUCAAGUGUGGUUGUGCCACAUGCGGAUGAUGAAAGAUCGAUCAUUUGUUUCCUUGAGGAUGGGCUAGUUCAUGAACCUGUGAAUGAAGCUGUUCCAGCUCAGAAACCAGUCCAAGUGGAACCUGAGGGAUGGGAGGCUAGGAUUCGCGGGGACAUUUCAGAGGACUUCUUGCCGCAGUGCGGAGAGUCAGUUGUGACCAUAGACGCAUUUUCUGUUCUCUAUGACAAGGGCCUGGUCUUUCCAGCAACAGUGCAUGAGACGCUUGUCUCGGGCGUUGAUGAUUCACAGCCUGAGGAAUCUGUUACACCUGCAGUUUCUCAUGGUCAAGGGUUCGAAACCUCCUCUAGAGAAAUGAAAAUGGUUGCAAUCCCUGCGAUACCACACAUAACAGAAGAUGCAGCUAAGGAGGAACCAGCCAGAGCAGCAGAACCUGCAGAAAUGGAGGCUGACACAGGCAUGGCCUUGAGAGCUGGAGAAGUGAUCAGCACAGCUGUGCUGUCAAUUGAACACGGGGGUGCCGGUUCUGCAAGUGCUCCUUUGGACUCAGAGGCGGUUGCUGACCUCUCUAGACAGGAGACACAUGCAGUCGAAUGUCUUUCUACUGGCACAUGGGAUGUGUGUGGCCGAGAGCCGGAAAUGGAGGUGUCAAUCGAGCCUAUAGAUCCUUGUUGUGAGGUCCGACCUUCCCUGAUGGAUGCUGCUGGUGAUCCUGCCUCUGGCCAGUUUGGAGCAACCACACUGCAGGAUUUCUUCGAAGGGACCGGACAAAGGCGGACCAUGGAUAUGCCGGUUGAAAUGCAGCAGACAAUGGAUGAAUUCAGAGAGUCUGAAAAGAGGUCUGUUGAGAUAGGUGAUGUCACUUGUGCGAUCCCGGAGUCGUCAGUUGCUGAAGUGGGAUCGUCCUCCAAGCGCGCAGAUGGAGAAUUGCACGGAAUUCGGGCUGGGCAGACUGACGAGCUCGUCCAUCCGAUGUUGUCUGUUUUGCACAGUUGUGAUCUUAAGCGUCAGCCAUCUCUGGAGCCCAGUGCGCAUGAGAUCGCCUCUCCUCCUGGUCUGGAGUCUGAAUCUGCUCUGUAUGUUGCGGAAGCCGUGCGCCUUUUGGCUUCGGAGGAAUUAGUGGAGGCCGUGCCUAUGAGUUCAGAGAUGGUUCCUGACCCUGUGGAAGUGGUCACGACUUUCGAAGGCCCGACGAUUAACAUGGGGGUGGAGUACAGCAGUGCUGGGGAGUGCUCACUGUGUCUGGCUCAGGAUGAUUCUGCAGAGGAUUCAAGCAGGGGUUUGCCUGAUGCCUGUGUAGAACCAGCAGAUCUCCCACAGCAGUAUGGAACCGCAGGCGAAAAUUAUUCUGAAACCUCAUCAACGGGUCUUUCUGUUCCGUGUGAGUCACCGGUGACAGACGUCCUUUCCUCCGCUUUCUGCGUCGGGUCUUUGUUGCUGAGGGUUGUGUCCCAGUCGGACCACCCAUCGCCUGAGGCCGCUGUUGAGAGCACACCUUCCGAGGAUGUGUUAGCGGAUGCAGAAGGCGUGGAGAUUGCCUUGCCUUUCUUGGAAGCUGAGGCACAAUGUGGGUCUCAAGCAGCAAGUUAUGAGGCGGUGCCAGAGGGACUGCCAACUCCUUCUCAGGCUGGAGACAGUAGAAGGGCAGAUCAGGAUGUUGAUGACUAUCUUGAGCCAGUGCUUUUAUAUCCGGACGUAUCAAAAAGACCCUCUGCAGAAACGUCUUCUGAACCCGUCCAAGUGAUGAAUGAUGCACACACGGCGCUCGGAAGGAGAGUUAGAGAGUUUUCAAGUGAUGCAGAAUGCCCUUCUUGCGUGUCAGAUGUAGCAGCCCCACCGAUGUUGCCUGCAGAGGCUGUUGGGGAGGCUGCACCACGUGGAGUUGUGGCAGAAACGGAGGAAGCAGAGAAGUUUUUGGCGUUUUCUGAGGAUGUGGAAGAUGGGAGUCCCAAGGAAGCCUGGGAAGAUUCUGUAAGACCGGAAUCGGAUGACAUCCACUUGCAGCAAACCGGGGACAAGUCUGUCGAGCCUAUGCCAUGCCCGCAGACGUUGCCUGAACCUGCUGCAACUAUUGUGGAGGAAUCUGUGGAGCCAUGUGAGCUGAUCUCUGCUGUGGAUCUGUCACUGAAGAAUGGUAUUCUUUUGAAUCAGUCCAUCUCCGAUCCAUCGUAUUUUUCACGCAAGUUGUUAGAAGCAAUGGCUCCCGAGGCUGCUGCUGAGGCAAAGCGAUCAAGAGAUGAAGUUGCUCCUGAAGCUCCGGAGAAGUUGAUGCCUGUUACUGACACUGCAGUUGAAGAGAUUGCAAGCGAGGCUGAAGAGCGCUUGCCAGAGCCUCCAGUUGUUGACAAGCUGAUUGAUUCUGCCCGACUGCAGCAGGGUGGUGAGAAGGCUGUCGAUCCCGUGUCCUAUCCUACUAUGAUACCAGGUGCCUCUGAAAGCAUGCUAGAGGAGUCGGCAGAGCCUUGUGAAUUUAUCUCGCCCGCUGAUUUGUGCAGAGAGGAUCUUAGUCCGCUCAAGCAGUUCGUUGACGAUUCAAUAGUUUCUGUAGGUGGUGACUGGGAGCAGCAAGGCCCGUCCUCUCUGCUCCCUGAGGCUUCCCAUGAGGCAAUGCCUUCUGGAGAUGGUCUUUCCGACGCUGUAGAGAAGCCAGUACCCUUCACUGAUACCACAAUGGAUGAGAUCUCGGUCACUACUGCGGAACACUUUAAAGAACCACCCAGUGUGGAGAGUGUCAUUGAUUCUGUGAAUGUACAAUAUGGUGGUGACGAGACGGCGGAGCCUGUGUUGCAUCCUCUGAUGAUGGACAGUGACGAGGAGGAUGUUGCAGAGGCAUCUGCAGAACCUUGUGAACUGGUAGCGGGUAAAGCAGACCUUGAAAGCCAAUUCAAUCAGUUUCUACUUGAGCCACCAUAUCAUGCGGAUAGAACCGCGGAACAACUUCUUCACUUGUCCUUCCCAUCAGAGGCUGCCUCCGAGGCAAUGCCGCUCAGAGAUGAAGCUGCUCCAGGGAAGGUCGAGGUGUCACUGCUCGUUUCUGACACCACCGUUGAUGCGGGCAAGGUUGACGGGCCCCUUUCAGAGCCCCCGGUCCUGGAUGAGCUCGGUGGUUCCACCCAAUUGGGGCAGGAUGGCGGCGAAGACAUCCAGACUUUGCCUUGUCCAUUGAUGAUGCCUUGUGCACCAGAGUCACCUGGACAUAUUGUUGAAGAAUCUGUGGAGCCCUGUGAGAUGGUACCUUUUGUACACUUGCCCCUGCUCGAUGCCACACCAUCGAUGGAUGCCCUGUAUGGAUCUGCAGAGCAGUCUGCUCAUGGCAGUGUCUUAGAUCAAUUGGUUCCAUGCUCGGCGGCAGCCGAGGCAACACCUUCCGGAGAUGCACUGGCUUUUGAAAUUCAGGAGAAUCUGAUGCCGGUCACGGACGCUAGAGUGGAGGAGGUCAAUGUUAAGUAUGAAGACCAGUUCAUGGAGCCUCCUGUGGUGGACAAAUUCAUCGGUUCACCAUAUUUGCAGCAGGAUUCUGACAGAGUUAUCGAACCUAUACCGGGUCUGUCAAUCGCACUUUCCUUGUCUGCUAAUGUUGCUGGGGAAUCUGUUGAACCUUGUGAAUCAAUAUUUCCCAAUGACUUGCCACUGGAGGAUGGUAAGGAGUUCCUCUGUGAGCCGCCCUACUCAGUGCGUAGAGCGAUGGAGCAGAUGACUUUUCCCGAGGCUGCACAUGAGGCAGCACCUUCUAGAGAUGGAGAUGUUCUCGAAGGUGUGGAGUUCUCUAUGCCAUCAACAGGCACAUCGGUGGUCGAGAUCGCUGCUGAGGUAAGUGAGAGCGUCUCAGAGCCUCAAGUUGUGGAGGCACAUGCUGGUUCUGUUGAUUUGAAGAAGGGCGGUGACAGAGCUCUUGAACCUGAGCCCUUCUCUUCCAUGAUGCCUUACUUGCUGACGACUAUUGUUGACAAGUCUGUUGAACCUGGUGAGAUGCUCUCUUCCGUGAAUGCAUCUUCAGAGGUUGGUGGUGUGCCAAAGACUUUCCAGGAGGCGAUUGUUCCAUUCUCCUUGCCGCCCGAGGCUGCACACGAGGCAGCACCAUCUGGAGAGUCUGGUGCUCUAGAGAGUGUUGAGUCAUCGACAAUGCGGUCAACGGAUACUUCGGUUGGGGAGAUUACUGCCGAGAGCCUCUCAGAACCACAAGUUGUGGAGGCACAUGUUAGUUCUGUUGAUUUGGAGAAGGGUGGUGACAUAGCUGUUGAGCCUGUGCCCCUGUACUUCAUCACACCUCGCCUGCUGACAACUGUCAUUGACAAGUCUGUGGAGCCUGGUGACAUGGUCUCUUCUGUGAAUGCAUCACCAGAGGUUAGCGGUGUGCCGAUGUCUGUCCAGGAGCAGAUGGUUCCAUGUUCCUUGCCGCCUGAGGCUGCACACGAGGCAGCACCUUCUCGAGAGGCUGGUGUUCUGGACAGUGUUGAAGAUUUGGUGCCAUCAGCAGACCCUCUGGUAGGUGAGAUCCGUGCUGAGAGUAUCUCAGAGCCUCAGGUCGUGGAGACAGACGUCAUUUUUAUUGAUUUGCAGAAGAGUGGUGACAAAGCUGUGGAGCCGGUGCCCUUUUCUUUCAGGACGCCUUACCAGCAUACAUCUAGAGUCGACAAGUCUGUAGAGCCCGCUGAGAUGGUCUCUUCUGUGAGUGCAUCACCGGAGGUUGGCGGUGUGCCAAAGUCCGUCCAUGAGAAGAUAGGUUCACGGUCCUUGUUGCCAGAGGCUGCGUGUGAGGCAACACGUUCUGCAGAGGAAGGUGGUCUAGAAAGCAUGGAGUUGUCAUCAACAGACACUUCGGUAGGCGAUAUCGCUGCUGAGGGUAUCUCAGAGCCUGAGUUUGUGGAGACAGAUGUUGUCUCUGUUGAUUUGGAGAAGGCUGGUGACAAAGCUGUGGAGCCGGUGCCCUUUUCUUUCAUGACGCCUUACCUGCAGACAACUACAGUUGACAAGUCUGUAGAGCCUGAUGAGAUGGUCUCUUCCGCGGGUGCAUCACCAGAGGUUGGCGGUGUGCCAAAGUCUGUCCAUGAGCAGAUAGUUUCACGGUCCUUGUUGCCGGAGGCUGCGCAUGACGCAGCACCUUCUGCAGAGGAAGGUGGUCUAGAAAGUGUGGAGUGGUCAUCCACAGACACUUCGGUAGGCGAGAUCGCUGCUGAGGGUAUCUCAGAGCCUGAGGUUGUGGAUACAGAUGUUGUUGCUGUCGAUUUGGAGAAGGGUGGUGACAAAGCUGUGGAGCCUGUUCACUUUUCUUUCAUGACGCCUUACCUGCAGACAACUACAGUCGACAAGUCUGUAGAGCCGGAUGGGAUGGUCUCUUCUGUGAGUGCAUCACCAGAGGUUGGCGGUGUGCCAAGGUCUGUCCAUGAGCAGAUAGUUUCGCAUUCCUUGUUGUCAGAGGCUGCACAUGAGGCAGCACCUUCUGCAGAGGAAGGUGGUCUGGAAAGUGUGGCGUUGUCAUCGACAGACACUUUGGUGGGCGAGAUCGCUUCUGGGAGUAUCUCAGAGCCUGAGGUUGUGGAUACAGAUGUUGUCGCUGUCGAUUUGGAGAAGGGUGGUGACAAGGCUGUGGAGCCUGUGCACUUUUCGUUCAUGACGCCUUACCUGCAGACAACUACAGUCCAGAAGUCUGUAGAGCCGGAUGAGAUGGUCUCUUCUGUGAGUGCAUCACCAGAUGUUGGAGGUGUGCCAAAGUCUGUCCAUGAGCAGAUAGUUUCACAGUCCUUGUUGCCAGAGGCUGCGCAUGAGGCAGCACCUACUGCAGAGGAAGGUGGUCUAGAAAGCGUGGAGCUGUCAUUGACAGACACUUCGGUAGGCGAGAUCGCUGCUGAGGGUAUCUCAGAGCCUGAGGUUGUUGAGACAGAUGUUGUCUCUGUUAAUUUGGAAAAGGUUGGUGACAAAGCUGUGGAGCCGGUGCCCUUUUCUUCCGUGACGCCUUACCUGCAGACAACUGCCGUCGACAAGUCUGUAGAGCCGGAUGAGAUGGUCUCUUACGUGAGUGCAUCACCAGAGGUUGGCGGUGUGCCAAAAUCUGUCCAUGAGCAGAGCAUUUUGCAUUCCUUGUUGCCAGAGGCUGCACAUGAGGCGGCUCCUUCUGCAGAGGAAGGUGGUCUAGAAAGCAUGGAGCUGUCAUCAACAGACACUUCUGUAGGUGUGAUCGCUGCUGAGGGCAUCUCCGAGCCUGAGGUUGUGGAGACAGAUGUUGUAUCUGUUGAUUUGCCAGAGGGUGGUGAUGAAUAUGUGGACCCUGUGCCCGCUCCUGUCAUGACGCAUUACCUGCAGACAACUGUCAUAGACAAGUCUGUAGAGCCUGAUGAGAUGGUGUCUUCUGUGAGUGCAUCACCAGAGGUUGGAGGUGUGCCAAAGUCUGUCCAUGAGCAUUUAGUUUCAUGGUCCUUGUUGCCAGAGGCUGCGCAUGAGGCAGCACCUUCUGCAGAGGAAGGUGGUCUAGAAAGCGUGGAGCUGUUAUCGACAGAUGCUUUGGUGGGCGAAAUAGCUGCUGAGAGUAUCUCAGAGCCUCAGGUUGUGGAGAUGGAAGUCGUCUCUGUUGAUUUGCAGAAGGGUGGUGACAAACCAUUGGAGCCCUUGGCCUUUUCUUUCAUGACGCCUUAUCUGCAGACAACUGUCAUUGAGAAGUCUGUAGAGCCAGAUGAGAUGGUCUCUUCUGUGAGUGCAUUACCAGAGGUUGGCGAUGUGCCAAAGUCUGUCCAUGAGCAGAGCGUUUCUCAUUCCUUGUUGCCAGAGGCUGCACAUGAGGCGGCACCUUCUGCAGAGGAAGGUGGUCUAGAAAGUGUGGAGUUGUCAUCAACAGACACGUUGGUAGGUGAGAUUGCUGCUGUGAGUACGUCAGAGCCUCAGGUUGUUGAGACAGAUGUUGUUUGUUUUGAUUUGGAGAAGGAUGGUGACAAAGCUGUGGAGCCUGUGCCCUUUUCUUUCAUCACUUCUUACCUGCAGACAACUGUUGUUGGCAAGUCUGUAGAGCCGGAUGAGAUGGUCUUUUCUUUGAGUGCAUCACCAGAGGUUGGUGGCGUGCCAAAGUCUGCCCACGAGCAGAUAGCUUUGUGCUCCUUGUUGCCAGAGGCUGCGCAUGAGGCGACACGUUCUGUAGAGGAAGGCAGUCUGGAAAGUGUGGAGUCGCCAUCAACAGACACUUUGGUAGGCGAGAUCACUGCUGUGAGUAUCUCAGAGCCUCAGGUUGUUGAGACAGAUGUUGUCUCCGUUGAUUUGCAGAAGGGUGGUGACAAAGCUGUUGUUGAGACAGAUGUUGUUUGUUUUGAUUUGGAGAAGGGUGGUGACAAAGAUGUGGAGCCUGUGCGCUUUUCUUUCAUAACGCCUUAUCUGCAGACAACUGUUAUUGACGAGUCUGUAGAGCCAGAUGAGAUGGUCUCUUCGGUGAAUGCAUCACCAGAGGUUGGCGGUGUGCCGAAGUCUGUCCAUGAGCAUUUAGUUUCRCCCUCCUUGUUGCCAGAGGCUGCGCAUGAGGCAGCACCUUCUGCAGAGGAAGGUGGUCUAGAAAGUGUGGAGUUGUCAUCAACAGACACUUUGGUAGUUGAGAUUGCUGCUGUGAGUAUCUCAGAGCCUCAGGUUGUCGAGACAGAUGUUGUCUCUUUUGAUUUGGAGAAGGGUGGUGAGAAAGCUGCGGAGCCUGUGCCCUUUUCUUUCAUGACUUCAACUGUUGCUGACAAGUCUGUAGAGCCAAAUGAGAUGGUCUCUUCUGUGAAUGCAUCACCAGAGGUUGGCGGUGUGCCAAAGUAUGUCCAUGAGCAUUUAGUUUCACCCUCCUUGUUGCCAGAGGCUGUGCAUGAGGCAGCACCUUCUGCAGAGGAAGGUGGUCUAGAAAGUGUGGAGUUGUCAUCAACAGACACUUUGGUAGGUGAGAUUGCUGCUGUGAGUAUCUCAGAGCCUCAGGUUGUCGAGACAGAUGUUGUCUCUUUUGAUUUGGAGAAGGGUGGUGACAAAGCUGUGGAGCCUGUGCCCUUUUCUUUCAUGACUUCAACUGUUGCUGACAAGUCUGUAGAGCCAGAUGAGAUGGUCUCUUCUGUGAAUGCAUCAUCAGAGGUUGGCGGUGUGCCAAAGUAUGUCGAUGAGCAUUUAGUUUCACCCUCCUUGUUGCCAGAGGCUGCGCAUGAGGCAGCACCUUCUGCAGAGGAAGGUGGUCUACAAAGUGUGGAGUUGCGAGUGCAAUCAACAGACACUUCAGUAGGCGAGAUUGUGGCUCUGGUGACUCAGUGCGUUCUGGAACCUCAAGUCACGGAUACUCAUGUUGGUUUUGUUGAUUCACAGAUGGGUAGUGACAAAGCUGUGGAGCCCGUGGCUUGUUCUUUCAUGACACCUUACUUGCAGACAACUGAUGUCAGCAAGUCUGCCGAGCCUCAUGGAGCGGUCUCUUCUGUAAAUCCAUCACCAGAGGUUGGUGGUCUGCCAAAGUCUGUCCAGGAGAUUGUAGUUCCAUUGUCCUUGCUGCCAGAAGCUGCGCAUGAGGCAACGCCUUAUGGAGGUGCUGCUCUUUCGGAAACUGCGGAGAUACCGCGGCCUCCUGCCGACACUGCAGCAGGCGAGAUCGUUGACGACACCAAAGACCAUUUCCCGGAGCCUCCCGUGUUGGAUAUGCUCAUUGGUUCUGCCGAUUUGCAGAAUGAUAUUGGCGUGGGACUUGAGCCUGUGUCCUCUGGUUCACUGUCACCUGACUCAGCUGCAGUUGUGGCUGAAGAAUCCGCGGAGCCUUGUGAACUGACCCCUGCUGUGUGUUUGCCUUUGGAGGAUGGCUAUCGCACACAGCAGCCAACAUACGAAUCCCCAUGUUCUGCUCCUAGCUCCUUGGAACAGACAGUUCUGUGCGCCUUGCCUCCUGAGACUGCUCACCAGGCUGAACCUGCGGAAGGUGGAGUUGUUGCUGAAACUGCGGAGUUGAUUCCCUUUACGGACAUCACAGUCGAUGCGGUUGCUGGUCGGGGCAAAGAGAAGUUCUCAGAGCCUUCUGUGCUUCGCGAGGUUGUAGACAUGGAGGGUGAUGAUGUGAUGGAGACGGCUCUACAGGGUGACUGCCGGGAAGCUAUUGAUGUGAGUGCUUUUGAACCUGAUUCCACGACUGGUGUACCUUGUGGAAUAGAGGAACUUCCGGAGGGAGGUGGUUGGCUCCAUGAUCCAAUGGCAAUCUCCACACCAUCAGCUCCUGGUGAGCGGCAACGGGUGCAGCUGCCAGAGGGUUUCGGGGAAGCUGUAACAGAGGCUGUUGGAGAGGCAUUAGCAGGGAUAGAGAGGGAUGAGGAGGCUUUUGAUCAAAGAGCACCCUUCAUUGAGGUUACGACAAGCAGGAUUACGGAUGAGGUUGCGCAAUGGGUGGUGCAGUCUGGUCUUCUGGAUGAUAAUGAUCUAUGGCAUUUGGAGUUUGAGGCUGUACAGCCUAGCCAUCUUCCCCUGGAUGAAACUUAUGGAAGGGUCGUUGAAACAUCCAUUGAACCUUUGGACGUUGUAACUACCAAGUUUGUGUCUGAAGAGCUGCAGGCAGAGGCAGCGUCUCCUAAGGGUCUGGAGAUGUGGCAAAGUGUGGUGGCAGAAGGUUCAAAUUUCGCGAAGCCUGAACAGAUGGAAGUUCCUUUGCCUAAGGAAAGUGCUGUUGCUCUUCCUGAGACUGCCAUAGUCAUAGGGUCUGGGCAAGAGCGUCUACAAUCAGCAGUAGCAGCUCAUCUUGCCGAUGAGGCUGAUAGACACGUAAUUGAUGGGGACGUGGAGUGGCCACUUUUUGAUCCUGUCGAUUCCACGUCAGCAGAUGGACAAUCCUCCAGGGAGCCAAGGGCUAUUCUAUCUUCCGCUGAGUUGGUGCGAGCAAACAGACCAUCUCUGUAUGAUUCACCAUCCAGUUGUCCAGUUUCAUAUGGAGAGAGAUCGAGUUGUUUACCUGCAGAAGCAGAGAGUGAGGCUGUGCCUUUCAGAGAGGGUGGUGUUCUUGAGCCGACGGAACAAGCUGCAGAGGCCCUUAUUGAGGCAUCAAUCGACAGAGGCAAAUCCGGCCAAGCUUCUGAGUCCUCUGUUCCGUUAGCUGUGGUGGACCAGCCCUUUCGGGAAGCGAUGGUCUGGCCCUUUCGAGAACGAGACCUUUCGGACGAAGUUGAUGACGCUGCUGAGCCAUUUUCUCAUCGUGAAGACGGCCAAGCAAGUGCUGCCAAGACGUUGUCAGAGGCGUCCAGCGUGGCCUCUCUGGCACUUGGUGAUUCCGUCUUGUCGAAGCACGAACCUCUUCAAGACCAAGAAUCAGUCUCUGCUGCACUUGGCUUUCCAGUUGCAAAGUAUGCGCCAUUGGAGGAAGUUGCUGAAGCUUUGCCUUCUGGUCUCAGUGUUGCUCUGGAAGCGAAGGGUGGGGAGGUUGCGCCUCCUGAUAUGGAGGUUGUUGUGGACGUAAGCGGUAGAAGAUCUGACGAUGACGGCAAGCUAGUAGAAUAUGGUCCUGACGCUCUGGAAGUGUGGCGAGCGUCUCUGGUCGAUUGGGGAUCUACGGAGCCCUCCCGAUUUGAGGAGGAAGCUCCAACUGUUGCAGAACAAGCAUCGUCAGGGGCAUUGCUCCCAAUGGCUGAUGCACUCUUGGUGCCAACUGGUGAUAAGAAUCAGAACAUCCCAGCAGAUGGCCCAUAUAUCCCGUCAAGAUUGGGGGCUUUGGGUGCGUCAUGGAUACCAGAGCCUGCUGGAGAAGCACUGUCAGUGGAAUCCUUGUUGUUACCUGGAGAAAUGGAGGCAGCCACACCAGUCAUGGAGGUGAUACCAGAAAGUAGCUGCAUGGGUAUGGGAGAAAGGUCUGUUGUUCCUGAGAUUGACGAGGAGCUAAAGGAGCAUGCUGGGCUUGCUGACCAGCCAUUCCUACUGGAUGAAGCUCAAUCUACAGCGCCAUCGACAGAGGACUCUUUCUGGAGCGUAGAUUAUCAGGACCCCAUUUAUGAUGAUGGGCUGCACGGUGACUUUUAUUCAGCUGGUGAGAAAGAUGGUAUCCCUCUAGAGUCGAAACCUAAGUUGCAGUGGGACUCUGAUUCUGUCUUGCCGUGGAUCCUGCACCUAGGGAAACCAACACUUGGAGAGUCGAUCCUGGAAGCUGUCCCAGCAACUGAGGUGGUGGUUCUAGAGGUGGUUGACCAGGCAUUCCCAUUGACCGAGGCUGCAAUAGACAGCGGCAUUGACGAAGCACCGAAACGAGCGAUCCGACCGUUGCCAGCGGAAGAUGUUGCCGAACAUGUGCUGGAUGGGGCGGUGCAGCCAUCUGUUUUCUUUGUUGAGUGCGAAACCUCUUCAUGGAAACAAGAGGCAUCUUCAGAGCCUCCAUUUCUGGCGCCCUAUUCAUCAGCUGAGCAUCUCGGGAAGGGGCCAUUCCUUGAGGAAGAUUCGAGGUGGGAGCCCGUGUUCGCAUGUGCGUCAAUUGAUCUGCAUAAAACAGGCCAAUUGCUGCCUCAUGUGAGCUCUGAGGCUUUGGCAUCAAAGCUAGAAGCUGUCGAGGAUACCCUAGGUGCAGCAGCACCCUCCACCGAUACGGAAAUAGAUAGAAGCUUUGGCGAAUCUCAAGGCUGUUCCCCGGCAGCUGAACCAAUUGAUGAGCAAGCACACGACUUCUUGCAAGGGGCUGUUUCUGGAGCGAUGGAUAAUUCUGAAGACCAACCACAUGUGCUUGAAGUCUCUGCAGCACCAUGGGAGCAAUCCCCACCAUAUGCCGCAGCGCAUACUGAGAUUCUCUCGAAUUUCAAACUUCUUCAUAUGCCAGAAGAGGCUUCUGUAUCACCUGCUUCAAGGAGCGCUAUCAACUUGUUGCCAGAGGUAAUGACUGAGGCUGUGCCAACAAACGAAGGAGUAGUAGCUGAGGUAGUGGAGAAGCCAAUACCAGUGACCGUGGACCCUGCUCUGGACAAGAGCUCUGCUGUGGCUUCAGAACAAUCAGUAAGACCUCAUUUACAACAUGCGAUGGAUUGGACUGUGCCUACCGAGGAAUUGUCUUUGAUUAACCCUGCGUUGGAAGGACCCAGUGCACAUAUUGCAGAGAAAUCAUCAGGGAGAUGGAUUAUCUCUGAACGGUGGGAAAACUUGGAAAAGCCACCAUCCACAAGGUAUGCACCCCCUCAAAUGCAAAUGCUUGCUCAAUCCGUGAAAUCGAGUGCGCUCCUGGCAUCACAAUAUUCACAGAUGGCAGCACCUGUGGUAGAGGCGAUGCCGAUCUCGGCUGAAGAAGUUUCUGUGCCCAUGGAAAGACGCGUGGUGUUGCCUGAGACUGCCACAGAUGAGAAUGUUGCUGCUGAAACCCAGAAGAGUGUAUGUGUGUCCAUGCCAGAUGAUGGACUCCCUCUACAUGAUCAAGACGAGUUUAAGCUCCUGAGUACAGGGCCUGGCGAGGUAGAGGGCAAUUUGAAGGUCCCAGAAAUGUCUUCGGCGCCCUUGCAUUUGCCAUGCGCUUCAAUAUCGUCAGCUGAGGUGAUAUGCAGCGUUGUGGAAGUUCCUACCUUCUUGAGUAAGAGCACCAAAUAUGAGCCAGCUGUCUCUGCCUUCCACAGCUAUGUGAAGAAUGAAGACAGAGGUUUCAUCUGGGAAGCAGGAUUUCAAUCAGAUGGGGACGAGUGGGACAUGGAGCUCAAAGCAGAGGAGUCUCUCUCAGACACGAAUGUGAAUCCAGGAGCUGAAAGGAUGGAAUCACUGCUGGAGAACCAAUUCGCUGACGUCACAUCCGAGGGAGAGGAAUGUGAGUGGGUGGUACCUGUGGAUGACAUGUUUGAUGAACUGGCUAAGAUUCCUGAGCGGAGCGGAAAGUUGCUGUCCAAUGCAGGCACAGGGCUGGAAGACAAACCGGUUUUCUCCGAUGGUGCGACAGGCACACAGCCCGCUGUAGCGUCUGCACAGAUGCUGAUUUCCACAGCACAGAUGACGAAGGCAGAGUCUGCAGCUGUCGUUCAAACUGAUUCCGUAUCCAGACCAGAACCAGAAGCACCCAUGGUUCCCUUUGCUGUCACCAAGCCAUGUGUGCCAACCGACCUGUGUGCUGCAAAGGCCGGCGUCGAGCUUGAAACCGAGGCUGCCGAUACACAGACUGGUGUUGAGGGCGCGAUGGACGGAACUGUCCAACCGCACAAUUUGAUGGCUGAUGUGCUUUAUUCGGUAUUGCCUGGCGAGGAGCCCAAGUUUCCUUCUGUCCCACUUUCUGCUGCUGGAUGCUCAGUGGAACCUGUGCUUCCUCGAUCGGUGCUGCUGCAAGGAGAUAAAACCCUUGAACCAGUUGCGGAGUCUACUUCCGGGUCUAGUGACCUGGAUGCGGAGCUGCCCACACCUCUUCUCCAUGGGAGUGUAGAGACUGCUGUUGUGCGUGGCGGGCUUGACAGCGAUGAGGGCGAGGAAAGAGUUGCAUCUCCAGAAGAAAAGGCACAGGCAUUUGCAUCAAGUCUUGGUAUUCCAUGUGUGGACGUUCCAGAGCUGCUGAGACAGGUGCCAUGGCAGUCUGUCAUGGGGCUUGAUCCCUCUGAAGGAGUCCUUGAGUUCGGCAUUGUUGCUGAUCCAGCGUUCAGCCCACCUGUGUCGUCGAAACAUGAGGCAGAGAUUAUAGCUGCAGAAAUUAUCUUGCCUGGAAAAGAAUACUUGUUUUCAGGGGCAAUUGAGCCUGCAGAUAUCCGGCAAGGUCUGCUGGGAGACUGCUGGUUCUUGUCGGCUGUGGCUGCUCUUUCUGAGUUCCCAGGGCUCAUCGAGAAGUUGUUUAUCCACAGGGAUGUUCCAGCCGAUGGGGUGUUUAAGCUGCGCUUCUUUAAGAGUGGCAGGUGGGUCACAGUUGCUGUCGAUAGCAAGCUGCCAUGCAGAGAUGGAGUACUCCUUUACGCCCGUUCCGUUUCAAACGAGCUGUGGGUGAUGAUGGUGGAGAAGGCGUACGCGAAAUUGCAUGGUUCUUACGAGCAACUCGUUGGCGGGUCUCCAAGUGAUGCCUUGCAAGACUUGACAGGCGCCCCAUGCGUGUCCUUCACAUUCUCGAGCCCAGAAUUCAAGCGCAUGGAGGAAAAGAAUGAGUUCUGGCCUCUUUUGCAGAAGUAUGACCAGUGUGGCUAUGUUAUGGUUGCCUGCACCACUGGGAAGGACGAGUGCACAGCGACAGGCUUGAGAGACGGUGAUGGCCUAGUCAAUGGACAUGCGUAUGCCGUCAUUGAGGUCAAGAACAUAGCAGGGCACCGACUUCUUCACAUCAGGAAUCCUUGGGGAAGCUUCGAAUGGAACGGUGCUUGGAGCGACAACAGUGUGGAAUGGGAGCAGCAUCCAGAAAUUAAAGAGCAGAUCCGACCGACGUUCUCCAAGGACGAUGGAUAUUUCUGGAUGACAUGGUCCGAUUUCCUAGAGAAUUUCCAGGGUUUGACUGUCUGCUGCGUCAAGCAUAAGGGUGCAAAAGCAUGGCAUGAACGUUGUAUCACGAGCUCGUUUACCUUCCUUGCCGAUCAGUCUCCUGGAGGGAUGCCAUCGGAACACGUGAGAGUCGUGAGUCUGGAGGUUGCCGAAUCAACAACCAUGUUCAUUGGACUGCAUCAGGAAGAUGUGCGGCUCAUUGGCGCACUCCCUACCUUUGAGGCUGGGAUUUUCGUUGUUGACGAGGAUGAGGAGUACGUUGCAAGGAAACAAACGAAGCACCCCACUUGCCAGGUACAGGCCACGUUAUCUCAGGGCACAUACAAGGUGAUCAUCAAGGCUCUGGCAUUUGUGAAGGCAAAGGAAAGGCGAGGUCGAGCAUUGAAUGGCGUGAUGAAAGCGCAGCCCGAGGUGCACCGCUUCGUCAUGACAAUUCACUCGGAUCACAAAGUUAUUGCUGUUUUAGAAGAAGAAGAAACUUCUGUUAGCUUGUCAUCGCCUGCAUUGCUUUCCGAAGAGUCACUGCUCGAUACUGUUGCGGUUCCUGUUGACAUUGAAUUGGGGCAAAAUGUCAGACUAAUAGAAGCUGACGAGUGUCACGUCGAGAAUCCCAUCCUAGAGAUGGCUGCAUACCCAGUUGUGGCUGAGUUGGCGCUGCUUGUUGAGCCACAGGGUUAUCCGCCUGGAGAUGAAGAUAGCAAGGGUCAUUGGCUGAAAGGUGAGGAUGUACAAGUGCCAGCUGAACUGCCACAUGUUCCGACCGUACCCCUGCUGGAAACAGCAGCUUCCCUGGAGAGCUUCUGCACAGUCCAUGAUCAACUAUUCACAGAGAAGUCACAGACCCCGUUCGAUUUCGUGCUCCCUGAGAUGGUUCGCUCACCAGGGGAAGGUCUUUGCUCUGCACCAACUGCACCUGUUGCUGAAGUCACGCUUGACGGGGAGGAAGCUGCCGUUUCCCUAUCUAUUGUGAUUUCGUGGCCAAGAGAGAACGAGCCACUUGAGCCACAACCUUGUGCCGAUGUUACAUCACUUUCAGAACUGCCCAAGGAUGCCACAGAGGACCUGCUAAUUCUAGUGGCUGGCGAAAAAGAGACUUCAGCAGCAGUUGCAGGGCCCGUGUUUCUUCAAGACACUGAGGCCGGUGGAUUGCCAGACAUUGAGAGGGGUUGGCAAGAGGAGAUGGCGCGUAGGACAUUGCUCGCGAAAUCUUUCGGGCUAGAAAGCAAGGACGACCACAUGCGGUUCUGGAGGAGUGUACCGUGGUUUGCAGUAGAAGCCGUCAUUCCUUCGCAUGACAUCGGGGAAUACGGGUGCAUUUCAGAUCCUGUGUAUGAUCCCUUACCGUUGCUCGAGGGCAAGGCAGAAACAAUGGCAGCAGGGGAUCUUGAAGCACCGUUAGAUUUACAACUCGGGAAGUCGACUCUGCUUAUGGGUGCUCAAUGUCAAGUGCACAUGUUUGAGGGCUGGCUCUGGUUUUGGUCCGCCCUUUCACUGCUCUCGCCAUGGCUCGUGGGGAAGAUCUUCAUGGAUGCUGUUGAGUACCCAGAAGAUGCAAAAGGAGUUUGCCGACUACAAUUCUUCAAGAGUGGCAGAUGGGUGACAGUGGCCGUGAAUAGCAAGCUGCCAGCUGUGGACUCUAGUCGCAUCACUGCUUGCUUGGGAGACAAUGAGAUGUGGCCAGUGGUUUUGGCAAAGGCGUAUGCCAAACUUCAUGGGUCGUAUGCGCAACUUACAUCUGGAUCAGUGAUAGAUGCGCUGAGAGAUCUCACUGGUGCACCAUGUGUCAGCUACAAGCUCGAUAAGCCAAAGCUGAAAAAGCUCAAAGCUGGAGGAGGUUUCUGGAACGCUCUGCUUGAACAUAGUGUGCAGAAGCAUGUUAUGGGUGCAGCUUGCAGAUCAGACAUUACAGAAGUCAUCACAGAAUCGGAGCCGAAGUCAGGUGACAGAGAAUGCCAAAUGCUCACAAUAAUUGAGGUGAGGGAAUCCCAUGGCCACCAGCUUGUCCAUUUGCGCGACCCUUGGGGAAGGUUCAAUUGGGAGGGCGCAUGGUCACACAGCAGCCCGGAGUGGUCCAACUUCCUUGAUGUCACAGAAGAGAUUCAUCCUGUGUUGGAUGGGAAUGCGGGAUCUUUCUGGAUGUCCUUCCGAGAUUUUCUAAUGAAAUUCGAGGAAGUAAUUGUGUCUUGCAUUCCCCGGGAGGGAAAGUCGUCAUGGAAGGAGCUUCAAAUCCCGUGUACGUUUAUCUGGAAUGACUGGUCAGCUGCUGGAAAUCUGGCUCAACCAACGAGAAUCUUUGGGCUGAGGGUACCAGAUAAGACACAUUUGUUUAUUGCGCUCCAUCAGGAAGAUCCUCGACUGCUUGGUGCGAAGUGGCCAUUGAAGGUCGGUGUUUGGAUUCUGGACCAGAGUAGCAGUUCGGUGGCAGCGAAGAAGAGCAUAGGUCCUGUUUGUCAGUUGGAAGUGGCCUUAGAACCGGGUGUGUACAAAGUUAUGGUGAAGGCCUUUUCAUACAUGACAGAAACUGGAAAGGUGUGCAGGUUUCCUGACACAAGUGGGAAAUCCCUGCCGCGACGGUUUGUUCUGACGAUUCACUCUGACAAGCUGGUCAUGUCCGGGCUUCUGAAGAGUGCAGCUCCAGGGAAAUUUGAUCGAGCCCAGUCCUUAAGUCCAGUGCUCGAGGACUUUGCGGAACCUGUUGGGAUUCUCAUUGGUGGUCCCAUUGAGACACGACCUCCUCAAUUGGAACUGGAAGAGCAGCUGUCGUACGUCUCAUGUCUGGAGGCAGGCACACAACCGGAGCAAUGUGCUGUCGUUCCGAAGGGGUUUAUCCCUCAAAGCUAUCCGUCCACGGAAGGGCUAGGGGAUGCACGUACUGUUAUUACAGUGGUCACCGAGGGUGCUGUGUGUGCAGAGAGAGAAAUCACCCCGCACGUGGAGAGGUUAUCUGAGCCGAAAGUGCUACCAGAGAGCAUUCCGUACGCUUUCGAAGUUACUGAUGAGACGCGUCUGGCGAGUCAGGGAGACUCAAGGGAGAAGAUGAUAGGAUCUCGGACUGCCAUAGAUGAGGGUGAGGUUAGUGAAUUGGGGGAGAGAGACUUCGAGCGAUCUGAGGCAGCUCUCAAUGAGGAAACUGUGGGUAUACUCGAGCAGUCAAAUGUAGCAACACUGAUAAAGUCCUGGGAACUGGGCAAAGAAGUCGAGAAGCAAUGGCAUGCUGCCAGGCCCAAGAGGGAAGAGAUGGGACCUGUAAACCUGGAAGAACGGACCGCAGAGAAUGUCGGCAAGCUGUUCUUGAUCUCUGGAGAACCGCUUCAGACUGUCAAAUUCCAAAUGCCAUGGCAAUCUGCUGAGGCGCUUCAUCCCGAGGGUGGCGUAAAUGGACAUGGUGCUCUUGCCAGCCCGUCAUACGACCCUCCCGCUGUCGCGAAAGGCGAACCCGCAUGGAUUCCUGCUGAAGAUCUUUUGCCAGGGAUGGAAUGGCUUUGCUCCAGAACGAUCCAAUCUUCAGAUGCUGUGCAGGGAGCGCUUGCCGACUUUUGGUUCCUGUCAUCCAUAGCUGUGAUUGCAGAGUACAAUGGCCUGGUUGAGAAUGUGUUCUUGAACCAGAGAAUCAUUGUAAAUGGAGUGGUACGGUCUCGCUUCUUCAAGAGUGGCAGAUGGGUGACGAUUGCGGUGAACUCGAAGCUGCCUUGCAAGAAUGGGAACGCCCUUUACGCUCGCUCGGUCAACAAUGACCCGUGGGUAAUGUUGCUCGAGAAGGCGUAUGCAAAGCUCCACGGAGGAUACCACCGGUUGGCGUCAGGAUUACCAAGCGAUGCGUUGCGCGAUCUCACUGGGGCGCCCUGCGUUUCCAUGAUGUUUGACAGCCCCAGCUUCAAGGAGCUUGAUUCCACUGAUGGAUUCUGGCCAUGGAUCAGAAGUUAUGAUGACCGCAGUUACAUCUUGGCCGCAUGUGCCGCAUCAACCACAAAUGACUCCUCAGGCAAGGCUCAGAAACCCAUGGACAUGCAUGCUUACACAAUCCUCCAGGUUAGAGAGUCGUCAGGUUUCCGUCUUUUGCAAAUACGGAAUUUGUGGGGGCAGUUCAAGUGGGACGGUGCAUGGUCCACUUGCAGUGCAAAGUGGGACCAGCAUCCAGAUGUGACAAAGGAAUUGCAGCCUGUGCUUGAUGGAACAGAUCAGGCAUUCUGGAUGGAGCUCUGCGAUUUACAAACGAAUUUUGUUGGCAUUGCAGUCUGCUGCAUGAAUCGCAACAACACAAGCCAGAUGUGGAGAGAGGUCAAGAUCCCAAGUGCCUUUAUGACUCCUGAUUGGUCAUCAUCAGGCGACAGAGUGCAACCAAUGAGGACUUUCAAGAUGAAGGUGAUGGAGCCGACACUCAUGUUUGUUGGACUGCACCAGGAGGAUCCCCGUAUGGUUGGUGUGGAGGCGCCACUCAAGGCCGAGGUGAUGAUCACUGAUGGACACGGCAAAUGCAUUGCUGUGAAGGAGUCUGAGGAAGCAGUAUGUCAAGUUGAGGCAUUGCUCGAUCCCGGAUGCUUCUGGGUGGUUGUUAAGGCGCUCAGCUGCACAGCAAAGGUGGGAAAAAGGAGCAGACUUCGGGAUGCAGAUGGCGAGGCAUUACAUCGGCGAUUCCUGUUUACGGUGCACUCAGAUCGGACGGUUGAGGCAGCCUUGGAGUUGCCCACGCCUGACCUCAGAGCGGUCGAGGAUGUUCGUUCCGAGACAGCAACUGAGCGGGAAGAGGGCCCAUUAUGGUUGGAACCCAUGGUAUCUGAACCGAUGGCAAUGUUGCUGGCUGGUUUCGCAGAUGAACCAGAGGAGCCGUCACGUGCAGCAGCGUCUUGUUUCACAGACGAGCGAGAUGCAGUGGCAUCAUCGUGGGCCGUUCGUCCUCCUUCCGGACUGAUUGGUGAUCCGGAAGCAGCAACGCGGUUUGUGCCAGAGGGCGUAGCAAUGGCUCCCGCAUUUGAGGACUAUACUGUGGAGACGGAUCUGGAGACGGCGGGAACCAUGCUUGGGGCAUGCGCAGGAUUUGCACAGCAAGAUGCACCCGUGCCAGUGCCAGUCGUUUCCACAUCUGAGAUUGGCAUCGGGAUGCCAGCAACCCCGGUCGUGGAAACCCGUGUCCCGCCUUUUGCGGAGCCCGUGGCGGACCCCACAGGUCUGGCCUUGACUCUCCGGUCGGUUUCUUGUCUCGACUUCGCCAGACGUACGGCGGCUUAUCCUGAACCUUCAUCGUUUGCUGCGAUGAUGGACGAAGCAUUGGCAAAGGCUGCGGCAGACGUAGGCCGCCGAGAUGAAGUUGGCCCGUAUCCAGAUGUCCAUAAUCUUCAGGAGUUUGUGCCUUCGAGCUGUCAUAAAACAGACCUUCUAGUCCGGGAUGUUCCGGGAGCCGCAAAGAGCACAAUUUCAGCGGUGGAUGAAAACUCCCUGUUCCUUACGCCGGCACCAUGGCAAACCGCUGAGUAUCUGGCUCCUUCAAAGGGGGUCUACAAUUUUGGAAAGGUCGCGGACCCUGCUUCUGGACCAAGGCCUGUUCCAGCCCAUGGGGUGAAAAUGGUUCCUGCAGAGAUGCUCUUCCCAACGAGACGUCUCUUCCCGCCCACCAAGGUUCAGCCUCAAGAGGUCAAGACGGGAUUACUUGAAGACGGCUGGUUGUUGUCUGUCCUCUCUGCUCUUACGGAGUUUCCGGGUGUCAUUGAGAGGGUGUUCCUCGACACGGAAAUCCCUGCCAAUGGAAUUUGCCGGCUGCGCUUUUUCAAAUCUGGGAGAUCUGUGACAGUGGCCGUGAAUUGCGAUAUGCCGUGCAAAGACGGAAGACUGGCUUAUGGUCAUGGAAUGACAAAUCAUCUGUGGGUGCCGCUUCUGGAGAAAGCUUAUGCGAAGCUCCAUGGGUCGUACGAGCAAUUACAAAGUGGAUCGCCACUCGAGGCACUACAGGACUUGACUGGCGCUCCUUGCAGCCGUUACAGGUUCUCGAGUCCAAAAUUCAAGCGCAGGGAGGCAGAGGAUGGUUUUUGGCCAGUGUUAAAAGAUUUGCACAAGCAGGGUUGCAUUAUCUUGGCGUGUGCACGGAGCGGGACAGCAAAGGCAGCAAAGAAGCCCCCAGGCCUGUUAAACAGCCAUGCAUUCAAUGUAAUCAAGGUCAUGGAGUCGCAGCAGGGACAACGCCUGAUACGCGUGCGCGACCGGUCGAGGAGUUUGGAAUUUUCGGCAUCGAUCUCAGAGAAAAUUCUUAAGCGCAAGGGAAACAAGGAAUUUUCCGCUGCCCGUGAAUUGAAGCUGGAUGCGGAUGGAUCCGACGGAGAUUUCUGGAUUCCCUACGAUGAUUUCCUGAAGAAAUUCGUCGGUGUCACCGUCGCCCAUGUGAGGUGUGAUGAGAAGGGAGAUUCUACCUGGAAUCUUCUCCAGAUUCCUUGCACUUUUAUUCCGGACGACUGGUCCGCCGCUGGAAACGAUUCGCAACCGACUCGGAUUUUCAGAAUGAAGGUGCUUGAAGCCACAAAGCUUUUCAUCGGACUAAAUCAAGAAAGUGCGCAAAUGGUUGGUGUGCCAGAACCUCUGAAGGUAGGUCUAUGGAUUAUGGACAAACGGAACCAGUACUUGGCGACAGAGCAGGCGCACGAAACAAUAUGCCAGCUGGAAGCUAGCCUGGAGCCGGGGAUCUAUAGGAUCAUGACGAAAGCCUUUUCCUUUGUGAACAAGGACGGCGAGCUUUGCAAGUUCCCCGACAAAUUUGGGACCGUCUUGCCUCGGCGCUUCGUUCUCACAGUGCAUUCGGAGAAGGCAGUGGCCGCAAAACUCUCUCAAGAUCCGGUCAUCAGUGCUGCGAAGCAACGGGAGAAGGAGCUGAUGCUCCCUUCGGAGCCUGCUGUUGAAAGCCACCGUCCUCUCAUGUCUGAAGCGGCGCGACCACUGUCGUGUGCGGGUGCGAUCGAAGAACUCGCGGAAACGGCGUUCGCGCCUGCACCUCAUCCUGCCGGCUUGGAGUUCAAUGCGAGGAUAAAGUUUGCUUCGCAGGCGACGGCCGAGCCGCCGAAGGCGGCGGACCCGGAGGUUCCGGAGGUCACGGAGCAAUUCUAUUCCUCGGUCAACGUUCUGUCGGUUCAUGCCGUGAUGUCAGAGGCCAAAACGGCAGCGGAGGAGGACGAGGACCCAACGUGGAAAUCGGUCGACUCAUCCAUAAUGCAACCCGUUCCAGACGAAGAAGCUAUGAAGUGGAUGCUCGCAAAUUCCGCGUCGUUGUUGCAGGCUGCAUUGCUCAAACGCCGUGAGGAAGCCGACACUGCUUCAACCCUCGGGCACGGUCCGGAUCAGGAUCAAGCACCGAAGCACGGUUUAUGGCAAGACCCAUUGCCAAGCAUACCAAUUGAGACUGAGUUGGCCAUUCUACCAGAGCGGCGGCAGACUCCCGGCGAGGGCCUGAAUGCGGAGAGCGGUGUGGCCGCAGAGCCCUUACGUCCUCGGGAAAUCUCUCCUGGGAUCGGCCCCGUCUGCCCAUUGCGGGAGGUGGAGCAUGUGGGUUCUACAGACGACGGAUGCAUUUCAUCGAUGGGAGCUGUAAAUGCUCACGCAAAUGGUGGCGUGCCUUAUGAGACUGUGAAUAUGGACCAGACUGAACAGAUGAUGACAGUGGAAGACUCUCCUUCGCAGUCGCUGAACGCAAUGUCUGACGCUAAUUGUGACGUCCAUCCUGAGACGGAAGCCGUUCUCGCGCAUGCUGAGCAAGAUAUUGCAGACAUUUCAGAUGAUGCAAUUGUAUUGAGCCCGUUCGACAGCGUUGAAGAGGAGCAGAGGUAUGGGCAAUCACUCGGGGUGGCAGAAGAAGACCUACCGGAUCUUUGGAAGUCGGCACCGUGGCAAGCUGUGGAGUCUGUCCUCCCCACUAAGGGAGUCGAGUCCUUUGGGAUGCUUGCUGCCGCAAAUGUCCAACCACCCAUAGAUUCAUCGCAUGACGCAAAAAUGGUGGAAGCGGAGCAUAUCUUUUCGACACAGGAAAUGUGCCUUUUCAGCAACAAAAUAGAUCCACGGAAUAUCCGAUAUGGUCUGCUUGGAGAUUCGUGGUUCUUGUCAGCAGUAACAGCUCUCGCAGAGAGCCCUGCCAUCAUCGAGAAACUGUUUCUCCAGAAAGAGCUCUCCCCCAAUGGAGUUUACCACCUCCGAUUCUUCAAGAGUGGCCGGCUGGUUCAAGUUGCAGUGGACACGAAAAUUCCAUGCGCGGACUCGAAGCCCAUCUAUGCUCACUCAGCGGCGAACGAACUCUGGGUGCCUCUUUUAGAAAAGGCAUAUGCGAAGCUUCACGGAUCUUACGAGGCACUUAUUGGUGGUUGUCCCGCCGAUGCGAUUGAAGACCUGACGGGGUGUCCGACAAUGACAUUUCGCUUUUCGAGUCCGAAAUUCAAGCGGUUCGAGUCCACAGGAGGGUUUUGGCCAUUGUUGAAAGGUUAUUGCGAUCAGGGAUUCAUGCUUAUGGCAUCUGCAAUGGGCCCAGCUGAGUGUGCCGGAGCCAGUGCCAAGCGGGAGGGUUGCCUUGUUAAUGGUCGUGCUCAUGCCAUAGCAACGUUGAAGGAGAGCGGAGCUCAUCGACUUGUUUUUGUACGCGAUCCGCAAAAGAGGUUCAACUGGAGAGGAGCUUGGGCACCAAGAAGCGCAACGUGGGCAAAAUACCCGCAAGUGGCAAGGGAUAUUAAACCCCUCCAAGAGGGGUUGGGAGAUGAUGGGUUUUGGAUCUCUUAUGCAGACCUGUUGAAGAGCCCAUGAGAUUGAGGGAAUGAAGAAGGAUAGAAAUA